AUGAGCAUCUUAGCUCUCUCGCCCGUGGCCCCCGAGCCCCCCUCCCCCAUGGUCACCUCCGUCACACCUGUCAGCCCGACCCUUGACCUCCGCAGCUCAACCACUGCCCAUCUCAGCCAGGUUCUGGAGAACCAGUCCCGGGCCGGGGUCUCCUCACUGGGACCCGGCUCCAGCCAUGGACCUCAUUUGGGUGGAGACCCCUCCAAGAGGUCACAGAAGCCUCCGCCCCUCCACACCGGAGCCGACUGGAAGGUGGUGCUCCACCUGCCGGAGAUCGAGACGUGGCUGCGAGCGACCAGCGACCGGGUGACUCAGCUGACUCACUCUGCAGGACAGGACGCGGACAACAGACACGUGGACGUCCACCUGGUGCAGCUCAAGGACAUCUGUGAGGACAUCUCAGACCAUGUGGAGCAGAUCCACGCUCUGCUGGAGACGGAGUUCUCCCUGAAGCUUCUGUCUUACUCCGUCAACAUCAUCGUGGACAUCAGGACGGUGCAGCUGCUGUGGCACCAGCUCCGAGUGUCCGUCCUGGUCCUGAAGGAACGUCUCCUCCAGGGUCUGCAGGACUCCAACGGAAACUACACCCGUCAGACGGACAUCCUGCAGGCCUUCAGCCAGGACCAGCACCAGACUCGUCUGGACGCGCUGACCGAGGUGGACGACUGUGGUCAGCUGACCAUCCGCUGCAGCCAGGACUACUUCUCUCUGGACUGUGGAAUCACCGCCUUCGAGCUGAGUGACUACAGCCCGGGGGACGAGUCCGAGGCGCCGGGAGCAGAACCAGACGACCAGGACCAGGACCAGGACCAGGACCAGGACCAGGACCAGGACCAGGACCAGGACCAGGACCAGGACCAGGAGCUCCAUCGGGCCCAGAACCCCCUCCCAGACCUGGGGUCCGUGGAGAGCGAAGGACCCUGCCCCUCAAACCCAGAACUCUCUAACAGUUUACCUGAGCUCACCACGCCCGGUGACUUCAUAAACCACAACCAUUCUCCCUCAUUAUUACCCAUAAUUCAGUGUGGCACGCCCAGCCACAGUGAAGGUGCCAAGCGCCCCCUGCAGGGCGUGAGCCACAGCACCGAGGUGUCUCCCACUCAGCCGUCCCUCCCCAAGAGAGCGGCCCUGUACUCAGACAGAAGAACCCGGAGCGAGACCACCAGGGGGCGCUCUGGGAAGGUCAGCCCGCUCUCUGGCCUCCAGUUCCAGGCCGAGCUGAGCCGAAGCACCCCCUCCCUCAUGGAUCCUCCGGACCGCUCCAAGUUCUGGUUGGAACUGGACUCGGUUUAUCCAGAAAAUGUGUCACUGUCGUACGAGAGCCUGCAGGUCAUGAACGGACGAAACCUGCAGAGAAACCACGAGAGCUCCCGACACGCUGGAGGUUUCGAGAGGAUCACGCAGAGACCUCCGCCCGACCAGAGGAGCUCAUCUGGGGCCGGACCCAACCUCAACGCCCCCCCGCCUCCGCUGGAGCCGCUGUCUCAGGAUGAAAUAUCAAACCAAAUGGAGAGGACGCAGAAGGAGACACAUGCUCACAGCGGGGGGGACUCUGACUCCUCGUUGCCCUCGCCCAUGAGGGAGCGGCUCCUCCUCUCAGACCUGGAGGCGUCCAGAGAGGAGUCGGACCCCCCCCGACCUGCUCCCGGCAAGACGGCGGUCUGGAUCGUGAAGCGCCACGAGCAGAAGGGGGCGCUGGUGUCACCCAGAGCCAGUCCAGAGCGGGAGCACUGGUACGGGUCAGAGGAGUUCCUGGCUCUCCCGGCUCAGCUCCGGAAGACGGAGCUGCUCACGAUGAAACUGGAGAGUCUGGCUCAGUCCAUCCCACUGCGACCUGGCGACUCGGACCCGGAGGCGCUGCAGGACGUGGACGACUGGGACCUGACGGAGCUCAACACGGACUGGGACUCCGGGGACAACGUGAGCAGCGUGGGCGAGAGAGGGGACGAGAAUCCCUCUCCUCUGCCGCCGCUGCUUCCGUACAGACGACACCUGGUCUGCCGCUUUAGCCCCACCUCCUCCAGUGAUAUAGCGCCCUCUGUGGGAGAAAGCAUAGAGUCCGGCCCGUUAAGCGACCUUCAGUCUGAAGAGGACGAGGGGCGGGGCUCUGCGGAGGGGCGGGGCUCUGAGGAGCGCCCCCUGCAGCUGACGGCGUCUUUAAUGGACGGACGUGGAGGCGUGUCCCUGCUGCAGGAGCUGCUGGACGACAUCACGACUCAGGACAAAGACCCGGACGUCUGGAGGAAGAUCGAGUGCUUCGUGCAGCAGUUGGACGGGUUCAUCUCGUGGCUGCAGGGGGCGCUGGACAGCACGGAGAACUGGACGCAGCCCAGACAGGAGCUGGACGGCCUCGGGGUUUACCUGGACACACACCUGAGUUUCAAGCUGGACGUGGAGAGUCACAGCGUCCUGAAGGAGAGCGUCGUGGAGGAAGGAAGAGCCCUGCUCGCCGUCAUCAGCUCCCACACAUCAGGUCUGAAGGACAUCCUCCACAUGGUUUCCAGCCAAUGGGAGCAGCUGCAGCGGCAGAUCCGGCGCCAACACGGCUGGAUGCUCCGCGCCCUGCGCUGCGUCCAGGCCCGCCUCCUCCACGCCGGCCAAUCACACGAGCUCUUCACCGCCGCCACCGAGCCGGCAGACGGCCUCAAGACUGAACUGGUUUCCAGUCAGCGAGCCGCCCUGGAGCAGAUGGCCGUCAAGCUGAGCAGCCUGCGCUACCCCUCGUCCACCAGCAGGAGGCACUACAGUCAGAUGGCCAGAAGCAACAGUCUGCAGGAGUUUGAGGCCGAGUACCAGGAGCUCUGGGAUUGGCUGAUGGACAUGGACGCCAUGGUGAUGGACAGUCACCAGCUGAUGAUGUCAGAGGAGCAGAGACAUCACCUGUUCAAGAGCAGCCACGCCGAGCUGAUGCUGAUGGAGAGCAGGAAGACGAGUCUGCUGGGCCGGGCCGAGGCGCUGAAGAGGAGCGGCCUCCAGCUGCCCAGCAACUUCCACUGCAAAGUACACAACCUGACGCACACCUGGAGGCAGAUGGAGAAAAUCUUCUCAGACCAUCCCGGUCCCGGCUCCUCCCAGCAGAACCAGUCGGCCGGCGCUCAGGCUCUGCUGGUCGGAGGUCGGGGGGGCGCGGUGGAGAACCCUCGCUCGGCCCUGUCUCCGCUGACCAACUCGCUCCUGGAGCAGCUGGAGGCGCGCAUCAAGGAGCUGAAGGCGUGGCUGCGAGACACCGAGCUCCUCAUCUUCAACUCGUGUCUCAGACAAGACAAGGACGCCUCGGAGCAGCUGCAGAGCUUCAAGUCUCUGUGUGCCGAGGUGCGAGCCCGGCGCCGAGGAGUCUCCUCCGUUCUGAAGCUUUGCCAGAAGCUGCUGCAGCAGAGUCAGUCGGGCCCCAUGGCGGAGGUGGGCCCCGAGGCGGAGCAGCACCGGGAGGCCCUGCAGCUGCUGUCAAUCAACCUGGAGAGGAGGUGGGAGGCGAUCGUGAUGCAGGCGCUGCAGUGGCAGAACCGACUGAAGAGAGAGCAGCAGGUUCCUGGGAACUUUCUGGAACCAGGUCUCGUCGACCUCCACCAGAUCAGCCCGGUCCCGGUCGGCCCAGUGGCUCCUGUGCCGGAGGACUCCUGGGAGUGGGACGAAACCGACAUGACAAUCACAGAAACAGAAACACAAGAAGAACCACAACCCGACCUGACGCACAACUUCUCCACACAACCAGAUCUGCCUUUGGACGUCGCGCUGUCCAACGGGAAUCAACCCGACAGGAUUCGAACCGGAGUCCCAGCCACUCAGCGUCCUGAGAAUCUGUCCAACAUCGUGACAAGGUCGUCGUCAGAGGUCACGCCGAGGGGGCCGUCCCAAACCGCCCCCCCGAACAACAAUAACAUCUACCAGGUCUACAGCCUCCAUAGCGUAGAACUAUACAAACAACCGCAGUUCCCUCUCAUUUCCUCCUCUCUGCACAAAACCAAGCAAGGAAAACAGAAACAGCAACUCCUGCUGAAGAGCCUGAGUAAAGACUCCUCCUUCUCCUCCAUCGAAUCCCUCCCAGACCUCCUGGGAGGUUCGGUGUCAAACAGCCGAGGAGGAGGAGGAGAGAAGAUCAGUGGAUACCUGGAUGGAGAGAGUGAGAGGGAAGGUGGCCGAGGAAGUGGGCGGUCGGCCAACAGUCGUCGGUCAGAGUGCGAGAGCGGGAUCGUUAGUGAUACAGGAGAAACAGAGACAACCACCAACUCUGAGAUCCAGGAAGAGGAGAAGGAACAGAGGAAAGAGGAAAUUGAUUUGACUGAUGUCACCAAAUUCAACCAAAGAAACAAGACAGAGGAUAACAGGAAAGAGAAAGGAUGGAGGAGGGAUGAAAACAGAGUUGAAAGUAGAAGAAACCGAGAGGAGGAGAAGAGGAGGAGGCACCGGAGGGGAGGGGGGGAGGCGGUGGAGAUCCUGAUGAGCAGGCGAGGGAUCCUGACGCCGACGGACUCGGACUCGGACCUCGAGGCCGGAGGACUCGGUGUGGACUCCUCUCAGACCUUCGUGUCCCGCGGUCCCAUCACGGGCCUGAAGGUCGACCAGCUCAGCGGCUCCGAGUCGUCUCCGGCUCCGAGCCGCCGGGCGUCCGGUCCCGUUCGGUCUCCGGGCUCCUCCCUCGAGUCCCUGCUGGCGCUGGGGGGGGAGCUGUUCCCCUCCAAAGACCACUUGCAUCGUAGCGCCUCCCUGGAGAGCUGCCUGGCGCCGUGCCGCGGCUCCGAAGGGGAGAACGGAGGCAGCCUGACCGGCCUCGGGGAUCUGGACCUGGGGCCGGGCGGCGAGGGGGGGGGAGGCGAGCAGGGGGGGGACAUGAAGACCGAACACGUGCAGGUAGAACCGUCCUCUGGCGAGCUGAGUCGUAGAACCCUGGAUCUCCUGAAACGCCUGGAGAACAUCCAGAGUCCUCUGAUGGCAAAGAUGACUCGUAGUGUUUCUGACAUGACGCUUCGCGGCAGCUCGCCGCCGCCGCGGGGUCGAUUCCCGGCCUCGCCUUCCUUCGGUGGUCGGUCCACACCCCUCUAUGAAACGUCGAGCUCUUCACGGAGAGGGCCGCCGUCCCUGAUCAACGAGGGGUCGGCGACUGCAUCGCUGACGGAGCUGAGCAGCACCGAGGACUCAUCUGUCGGGUCGGAAGAUUUCGCUUUGCUCAGAAACCAGCGGCGCCAGUUCCUGGAUCCCAACAUGGCGGCAAACGCCAACUCGGGCUCCUAUAGGAAGCGUUGCCCCGGAAACAGUCGAGGAGGUCAGUCGAUGGAUGAAGCGGACGCGGCGAGCUUGAGCAUGGUGGUGAACGUGUCCUGUGCAUCGGCGUGCACGGACGAGGACGAGGACGACAGCGACCUCCUGUCCUCCUCCACGCUGACGCUCACUGAGGAGGAGCUCGGCGUGCGGGACGGAGAGGACGAGGAGGAGGAGGAGGAGAGGUUGAGCUGCGUCUCCUCUGGAAGCGAUGAAGAGGAGCUGGAGGGCUCCUACGUGCUGGGGCUGGAGUACAUGAGGAGCGAGCUGCAGAGCUGGAUCCGAUCUCCUCGCACCUCCUCGAAAACUGAGGCGGGUCUCCGGGACGAGCUGCAGUGUGGGACCCACCUGUCCUCCUCCUUCACCUCCUUCACCUCCUCCUCUACCCACCACCAGGAGCAGCACGGCUUCCUGACCCGCUCAGCUCCCAAACCAAUAGAGACCAGCACCAACAGUGGCAACGACAAAACCAAGAGAGAGAAGAAGGAGCAGGAGGAGGAGGAGGAGGAGAACAGGAGGAACGUAACCAGGAGCUACAUCAGCCAGUUCGUAGACGACGUGGAGAACGGGAACGUGGAUCCGAGCAGUUCGAAGGGCAAAGACGAAGACGACGAGCUCCUCAGGGAGGAGUCCAGUGUGUUCACAAAGAAAGGGGAGUCGCCGAGGGAGUCGUACGUGUUUGUUCCGACGGGCGAGGCGGCUCGGGACGUCGGCGGCUCGAUCGGGAAAACGGAAUCCAACUCAACGAAGCAGCUUUCUUCACCUCCCACCCGGGAACUCCUCCCGUUCAGACGCGCCUCCUCCUUGGUGGGACAGCUGCAGGGAGAGCUGCCCUGCCACAGCUCCUCCCUCCCCUCGCCUCUGUCCCUCUCACCCGUCGAGGACUGCAGGUCCCAGGAUGCAUUGCACGGCAGCAGGCCAGAGGCCGGCGGCAGGAAGGCCAUCACCAUCCAGGAGAAGUUCAAAUUCUCCUCCUUUGUGACGGAGGAGACGAGGAGGGAGGUGAGAGACAAGGAGUCGUCUUUGCCUCCCAAGAAACGCCGCGGUUGUCCCGCCUCCUGCCACGACCGUCCCGCCUCCUGCCACGACCACCGUCCUCCGUCCUCGUCCCUCCGGGCGUCCAGCGCGGACGAGGGCAAGACCGAGAACGUGCACGACUUUGUGAUGGAGAUCAUUGACCUGACCUCUCUGGCGCUGAGGAGCAAAGAGAAUCAGCCUGAGGACCCGAGCCAGGUGGAGGUCGGGGGGGCGGGUCCAGACCAAGGCCCCGCCUCCUUGACGCAGAUCAGAGACAAGGUGCUGGAACACUCCCACCGGCCUCUCCAGCUGCGGAAGGGAGACUUCUACUCCUACCUGUCGCUCUCCUCCCACGACAGCGACUGCGGCGAGGUCAGCCAGUGCUCCGAGGACAAGAGCUCCUCCCCCUCGCCGUACAGCCUCCCGUCGUACGCCACGCCCACACAGGGCCUCCGCAGCCCGAGCCCGGAGAUGUUCACCAGCGCCGGCCGCCGGCAGCAGCGCGGCUCCCCCCCGAGCUUCGACUCCAGGAACGACCUCGGCGCUCUGGACCUGAGGUCGACCCCCAGAGACGCUAACGGCUCCGAGCCCACCAGCCCGCCGCAGUCCCCGCCCCCCCCCAGCCCGGACCUCCGGGACGAGGAGACGCUGUUCGCCGCCUGCACCGAGGAGGUGUACCUGGGCCCGCCUCUCUGCUACAGCAUGGAGCUCACCAGGAAACCACGCACGCCGCGGCUGAAGGAGAACUCGCCCAGGACUCCAGAGGCUCCGCCUCCAGAACCCGGGGACGCCAGGAGCCACCCGUGUCCCUCAGAGGCGUCUGAGAUCCAGACGGAGGAGACCCGGCGCUCCUUCCUUCCUCUCCUGGCGCCUCGCUACACCUCCUUCUCCACCUCCUCGCCCUCAACCACCACCUCCCUCCAGGGGCCCGGGCGCCCGCCAGGAGACGCCGCCCCCCCCUCUCCUCCUGCCGUGUCCUCUGGCGCCGCUCGUGAGAGGCGAGGUGAGGACUCGCAGCUCCUCUGUGAUGUCGCUGGGAGAGAAGCGGCGUCCGCGGCGAGUGUGAGUGCGCCGCAGGAGGAGAGGAGUCGUAAUGAGGGGCCUGCUUAUCGUAAUCCCCGGGCGCGUGUCGGCCCGAUAGACUCCGCCUCCUCCUCCUCCGCAGCAGCAGCAGCAGCCCAGUGUUCGGAAGAUACUAAAACGCUUGAAUCCAAUAUGGGCGCCGUAAUGACCGAGAUAAGUGUCUGCGGCUCCGCUACAAAUCCCUCAAAAGAGCCGGGCGCCACGCGUGUUAAUCCCAAAAUUAACUGCUCGCCGAUGAGAGAGGCAGAUAGGGGGGGGGAGGAGGAGGAGGGGGGGGUGGGGCGGCGAGGAGACGCUCGGCGGGGGAAGCGGGAGGAGAAGACGACGAGAGGGAGGGGCGGCGAGCAGCAGGAGGCGAGGACGACGACGGCGGAGCUGGCAAAGCAGGUCAGCGCUCAGUCGACUGUCACUCACAGCACCAGGGCGGCCCAGGGGCGGAGCCAUGCCUCAGUGAGACACGCCCCCUCGAGGGCGGGGCCAGUGAGGCGUCUACCUGUGCCGGGAGCUGGAACCUCCGGGAUCCAGCUGUAG